GCUUCACUUUGUUUUCAGCAGCCUGUGAUCAGUUGCCAGGCCCCCUUCAAAUAAGAAAAAAGGUUUUUUGGUUGACACCGCCAAACUCUUUUGAAAUCCAAUUUAAAAUGGAAAAAUUUGACUACAUUGUGGUUGGAGCAGGGAUCGAGGGUUCGUGGACGGCAUAUCAACUUAUAAGGGACUUGCAAAAGCCUUCGGUAUUGCUUCUGGAGAGGUUCCCUCUUCCUCACUCUCGGGGUAGCUCGCACGGGCAGACCAGGAUCAUCAGGCACGCGUAUCCUGAAAGUUUUCACACGGCGCUGAUGCCGCGGGCGUUCAGGGAGUGGAGACAACUUGAGAAAGACGCACAAACUGAUUUACUUAUAUCCAAACCACUUUUGUGCGUGGCCGACGAGAGUGGUUAUCAGGGCUUGGACAACACUAUUGCUAGACUGAAGGAGGAGCAGGCGAAAUCAAACAACACAAUUUCAUACAGCGAAUUGACGCCCAAAGAGUUGACAAAAGAAUUUCCGCAGGCUUCAUUUUCUAAAACACACCGAGGUUGCAUCGAGUACAGCGCUGGAAUUUUACUUGCUGAUAAGUGCUUAGCCACCGUUCAAACUCAAUUUAAAAAACUGGGCGGAGUUAUAAAAGACGGAUUUGUGGUGACGUCGAUUAUUCCCGGUGAACAAGUGCAGGUCAAAGGUCACCAUCAGGGCGUGGAAAAGACGGAGAUGGGCGGAAAGGUUGCAAUUUGCCCAGGACCUUGGGCCAAGAAAAUGAUUGAGCCUCUUUUGGGAAAAAAGCUACCCAUAAAAACCCUGCGAGUGCCUGUAUUUUACUGGAAGGUUAAAAAAGGUGGUCCAGGUGCGAUUCCUGCUUCGUUCAUUGACCACGGUGCAGGAGAGUUUUGGGGAAUACCUGAGGUUGAAUACAAAGAUAUGAUAAAGCUUUGCAGCCACAGUACUUCAGACGAGGCUGACCCUGAUGACAGGGACAAAAGUUUCGCACAUCCAAAUCAUGACGACCUCACUAAUUACGUGAGGAAAUUCUUUCCAGGGUUGGAAGAUACUCCGUCUAUCAUUGAAACUUGCAUGUACUCGGUAACGCCUGAUAACGUGAGCAUUAUAGACACCAUUCCUGGAGAGCCAAACAUUGCCUACGCUUGCGGGUUCUCAGGAACUGGAUUCAAGAAAGCUCCCUGCGUCGGGCUUAUGCUCAAAGGGCUACUCAAUCCUGAGGGUCCAAACGACGACUUAAUUCCAAUGGAGCCUUUUUCAUUUCAGAGGUUUGAAUAAAGACCCACCUUUACUCUUUGAUCAAGCACGUACUUGCAUUUAUAUAAACUAAUCUGCCGAAUAAAAGAUGAUAAGAAACUGAACA